UGUGAAAAUUAAAUUGCCAACAAAUGUGUAAUAUCGCCACAAUUACAGGAUAACAUAAUUGUUCGUAUAUAAUGUAGUUUUGUAGGAAAAACGGAUACCUGUACUUGAUCAGCUGAUGAUGUCAGCAUAGCUUUCGAAAUACGCAUAAAUUAAAAAAAAGCAAGUUAAAAUGAGGAAAUUAUUAUUUAAUUAUUAAAAUAUUCGUUAUAUUUGAUAAAAAGUUAUCUAAAAAAUGUCCAAUACGAAUAUCGAACAUGUUUUGGUAGGUGAAAUUAAAGUUGAAAAAUGUGAAGAACCUGAUUUGUACACAUAUGGAAUACAUUCUGAAAUAAAUAUUAAAAAUGAAAAUGAUUCAGACAUUGACGUUAAAGUCAGAGACCAAGAAACAAAAUUUGAAGAGGUUUUAAUAAAAACUGAACCACCUGAUGUGGAGUUUACCAAAGAAGUUCAAAUAUUAGAUAAAAAUGUAUUUGAAUGCACUCUAUGUUUACGAACAUUUACCAAAUUAAGCAAUCUAAAAACCCAUGAACGUACUCACACUGGUGAAAAACCUUUUGCAUGUCAAAUUUGUAAUAAAGUAUUUCGGCAUAGUAACAGUUUACGUGUUCAUGCUCGAACUCACACUGGUGAAAAACCAUUUGCAUGUAAAAAUUGUGAUAAAACAUUUCGGCAUUGUAGUAGUUUAAAAGUUCAUGAGCGUAUUCACACUGGUGACAAACCAUUUGCGUGUACAAUAUGUUCGAAAACAUUCUCACAAUCCAAUAAAUUAAAAGGACAUAUGCGUGCACAUACUGGGGAAAAACCAUACGCGUGCAAGCAAUGUGACAAAAUGUUUCGAUUACGUAGUAAUUUACGACAGCACGAAAAAACACAUACAGGAGAAAAACCAUUUCACUGUAAGAUCUGUGACAGAAAUUUUUCACAAAUUGGUACAUUCAAAAUUCAUAUACGUAUUCAUACCGGAGAAAAGCCUUUUAAAUGUGAUUUAUGUGAAAGAACAUUUCGACAAGGUUCUAGCUUACGUUUGCAUAAAAAGUGGCACGAUGGUGAUAUGCCAUUCGAAUGUUCGUUUUGUAAGAAGUCAUUUACACAAUAUGCAAAAUUAAAAGUACACGAACGCACACAUUUAGAUGAUAAGCCGUAUUCAUGCGAUUUAUGUGAGAAAUCAUUUAAACAUAAACGAAGUCUCAUUGUGCAUAAAGCUACACAUUUAGGGAAAAAUCCAUUUCAGUGUGCGACAUGCGAUAAAGUUUUAGCUAGUUUUAGUAAUUUACGUUCACACGAACGCACCCAUACGGGUGAGAAACCGUUUAAAUGCAAAUAUUGUGAUCGAGCUUUUACACAACCAUCCAAAGUAAAAGUACAUGAGCGCAAACAUACUGGGGAAUUACCAUAUGAAUGUUCGACAUGCCCGAAAGCGUUUCGUGAGUUACGUAGUUUACAAGUGCAUGAACGUGCCCAUUUGAAAAAUGCAAUGUUUUAAUAUGUGUUUCAAUAAAAACUUUUAAUUUAUUA